UCAAGGAAGUUGGCAGUAUCGUUUUAGAUGUAACAUGAAUAUUCACAAAUUUGUAGCAUUUUAGGGAAAAUCAAAGCUAUUCCCUGAUCUGUGGGGUGAUCCCUUCCCAGCCAGAAUGCUGCACAUGUUACUAAGAGAACCUGGAUGGCUAAUUUGAUGGCAGCGUUAGCAGUAUUGCGUCAUGCUGGCAGUAGUCCUCUGCUAUGGGGAUGGGGGCCUAUUCUCUUCGUCCUGUUGGGCUCAGUGUUGGUCCUGCUACUCCCCCUAGUGGGUGUUGAGGAGCAAUGCUGUGCUACGCUGAAAGGUGUUGCCCUCCUGCGCUGUCAGCUGCGGGGCAACACCCAUCGAUCUGCGGCGCAUUCUACCAGCCUCACUGUGCCCUACACUGCCCUUGCGCUCCUGCCUCAGAAGCCCAAGCCCAGUAAAGAGAUACAGUUGGAGGCUAAGGCAGCUCUGCAGCAGGCCAUGGAGAUGAAGAAACAGGGGAAGAGAGAGAAGGCACACAAACUGCUCAUGCACGCACUCAAUAUGAACCCAGACUUUGUGGAUGCCUUGACAGAGUUGGGGACUAUAUUAGAAGAAGAGAAGGAUGUGGUUCAAGCUGACCAUCUGUAUAGUAAAGCGCUUGCCAUUUCCCCGUGCCACCAGAGGGCACUAGUGAGCCGGGAUCGCACUCUGCCACUGGUGGAGGAGAUUGACCAGCGCCACUUUGGCAUCAUCGAUGGGAAGGUAAGGCGCCUCAUGUCCAUCCCGAAGGGCAACUCGGCGCUGCGGCGAGUCAUGGAAGAGACAUACUACCACCACAUCUAUCACACAGUGGCCAUCGAGGGCAACACGCUCACGCUAUCUGAGAUACGGCACAUUAUUGAGACUCGCUACGCUGUGCCCGGCAAAAGCCUGCAGGAGCAGAAUGAGGCCAUCGGCGUGGACGCGGCCAUGAAGUACAUCAACACCACGCUGCUGCCGCGAACGGGCACCAUCUCCGUGGACGACAUCCUGGAGAUCCACCGACGCGUGCUGGGCUACGCCGACCCUGUGGAGGCAGGCCGCUUCCGUACCAACCAAGUCUUUGUGGGCCACCACAUCCCGCCGCACCCCAGUGACCUGGAGCAGCACAUGCAGGAGCUUGUGCAGUGGCUGAACUCCGAGGAGGCGCUGCACCUCCACCCGGUGGAGCUCGCUGCCCUGGCACACUACAAGUUGGUGUACGUGCACCCGUUCGUGGAUGGGAAUGGGCGCACUUCCCGGCUGCUUAUGAACCUUGUGCUGAUGCAGGCCAGCUACCCGCCAAUCACCAUCCGCAAAGAACAGAGGGCUGAGUACUACGCCGCCCUGGACACGGCUAACGAAGGCGACGUCCGGCCAUUCAUACGCUUCAUUGCCAAAUGCACAGAGAUCACGCUGGACACGUUGCUUAUAGCAACCACGGAGCAUGCAGUCGGGUUGCCUGGAGCAAGCAGUCAGGCUUGCCUCAACUGUAAGCAGACCAUACCAGUACAUAACUGACAGGCUGAGAAUUGGCCUUACGUUAAGAUCAUGGGAAGAUGGUCACUUUGGACACAUGUUUUGCACUCUAGAAAUAAUAGGAUUAUUGCAGGGAUUCUGGGAAUCCCCAUUUGUUCUGGUAUUUAUAAGGGUCCAAAUGAUUUGUUCCAACUAAUCAGUAAAUCUCAUCCUUGAGCCUUGCUUUAAUCAGUAAAGUAAGACAUUUACUGUUUAUGGAUAAGCUUGAUGACCAUUUUGUGAUUGCAUACAGGAACAAAAACGCACAACAAAAAACGUACAUGUAUGUACAUCUAAACAAUGAUGAACAUAGCUGUGUUUGCAACUGCUUUUGAAGCAGCAUUGUAAGCCUGAGUCAUGCAGCCUUUUAAUCAGUACAUGUUCAGAGAGUGCUUAAAAGUCUCUCACUUAAAUGAAUUAGACAUGAUUUUUGUUACAAAAUAUACCUGUCUGGUUCAUAAAAAGCCCUUUUUAAAGAGUUUCUCAGAAGACAAAUGAAAUCAGUUUGAAAUCCAUCUUGGGCAGGAAUGUAGCCAAAUUAUUGCUUUUAGUCAGGGUGAUUUAUAAAUUUUUACAAAUACUUUUACUUUUUUGUUAGCCACACUGGCAAUGUUUGGCCAUUAUGCUUUGCCUUCUAUUAAUCUACCUUGUCUUUAGGAAUUUUUCAUUCAAAAUGCUUUUUAGUUUUGGUCUAUGCUUGACCUACUUCUGGGACAAUACAACCAUUAUCCCUCAUCUACCAGUGUGAAGUAACGUGGAGUUAGGUUUUUUAAAUUGAUUUAUUUUAUUAACUACCUGUAGUGUUAUACAGAGACAACAAAUAUGGGUUUUGUGAUUCUUUAGCCAAAAAGGUUUUGGCUCAAGGUUUUGUUUUGACAUUGGUUUCAUUUUAAAUGUCAUUAAGACAGUCAGCACCAUCAAUGUAUGUAAUUACUUUUUAGUAGUUUAAGGAAUACCCCCUUCAGUUUUGGUUAAAAGAGUAGUUACCCCUCUGGGUUGUGUGAAGUCAGUUACCACGUUAUUAGUCAAAUUAAGUAUUGUUUUAAGUCCUACCAGUGGAAUUAUUGUUUUGGGAGCUUUUUUCCCCAUUGCAUUUUUCUUCUAAAUUCCACAUUUUGAUCGAUUUUUAGAAUUUUAUUCUACCAAUACCACAAAAUCAAGUUGUGCCUCAUGUUCUUUUGUUUUGCACCCAGAAGCACUUUCAUGUAUUUAAAUUAAGACUAAUUUAUUUUACAAAGAUAUGGAGCUAUUUUAUUACUGAGUGGAAAAGGUUCAUUAAAUUAUUGGUAACGAUG